AUGGAUGCUACAGCAGCCGCCACCACCACAACUGCUGCCACCCCUACUCCUGAUUCCUUUGCCCGUCCUUCAAGUGAGCAGGAUGCCCAUGAAGAGACUCAUUUGAUCCGCAGCCGUGUGGCCAAUGCCUGUGAUGGAUGCAAGGCUAGAAAAGCAGUCAAGUGUGAUGGCAAGCUACCAUGCAGUUACUGUACUCGCCGUCAGCGACCACAUACUUGCAAAUACUCGCCCCCAAGGCAGCGUCGUCAUCCCAGACCGAGGACGCAGCCGAGAACACCAAGCCUAAAUUCACCGUCUGCAUCUCAUCAUGGCGGCAGCGAACAGGUGAAGCCAGCCACACCGCUUCCUCAUCAUGAACAGAGCGGUAGCGGUGGUGAUCGCCCAGUCACCUCGUCUGAUGAUCAUGAGGAGGCUGAGGUGCCCCGUGAGGCACGUCUCCUGUGCGACGCCCAGGGCAAGCUCAUUUUCAUCGGCGACUGCGCCCCGCUGUCCUUCUUCCAGACUGUGCGCCAGCUCGUCACCUCGCGUGUCGACCCAAGCGCCUUCGCACCUCAGACGAGCCGCUACUCUGUGCUCGAAAAUGCCACCUCGCGGUCGUCCCUCACGUCUGGUAUUGCCGCCGCCGCCGCCGCCCCUCCUCCAGUGGACAUUGAAGACAUCCCUAGCGCAGUGGCAGCGUAUCUGUCUGUGACAUCUGGCAUGGUCGACCUGUUCGUCAGCGAGGCUCGCCUAGCUGAAGACAUCGCCCUGUGGGCAUCCAAUAGCCUCGCUAGUGGACAUCGUGCCGACGACGUUGCCUCGACGGUGAACUACCUCGUGCUCGCCCUCGGUACACAGCGGGCCGACGAGGACCGCGCCCAGCUCUAUUUCGAGCACGCGCGCGACCAUGCCCUGGCCACCCUGAACGGCAGCCUCAGCAUUGAGACCGUCCAGGCUUUCAUUCUCGUCACCCUCUACAUGCUCUGCGCCUGCCAGAUCAACGGGGCCUUUUUAUUCUUUGGCCUCGCCGUCCGCGCCGCCUAUUCCAUCGGCGUGCACAGGACCGAGGUCAAUAGCCGCUUCGGCCACGAGGUCCACCGCCACAGGGACAGGAUCUGGAAGAGCCUGCGCAUCGUCGACCUGUUCCUCAGCACGUCCAUGGGCCGUCCGCCCUGCGUGAGCGAUGUUGACUGCACAGUGCCCUACCGCCAGGUCGACGCCCAGGGCCACGAGCUUUACGAUAUCCUCAAUGCCUCGGUACAGAUCUUCCUGAUUCUUGAGGGCAUCGUGCUUGAGGUCUACUCGCGCCGCAAGAUCACCUUUCAGCUGACUGAGGGCGUCUCGCGGCAGCUGAGGGACUUCUCCGUCAGGUGGCUUCACCAGCUGAAGAGGGUCGUCUCCUCUCCCGUCGAGGGCGAGGACUCUGCCGAAGUCAGUGGCGCCUGUCAGGUACUGGCCACGUACUAUUAUGCUGUCAUGCUCGUCUCGAGGCCCUUCCUCAUUUUGAUGGUGGAUCAGGUAUUGGACCUUGUCGAGAAGGGAUUAGUAACUGGGAGGCGGCCCAUCCUUGUCUCAUGGCUCUUUGCUGGCUCUCUCGUCCUAGGCGCUGGCCUCCUUGGCAACUUUGGUCGCGUCCUAGAGAAAUACGCACGCAUGUCCAUGGCCGCCUUGGAUCACUUCGCCAAGAUCGACACCCACGCAGCUCAAUAUGCCAUGAUCUCCAAGUCCCUACUCACGACAGCUCUGGAGUACCUGGAGAAGAAGGAAGUCCAGGAGCGGCUGCAACGGACAGAGAGCUCCGCUCAGCUGUUUGGGCUGCUGCCCCACGGUCCCCGUGACGCGGACAGCGCUACCAUUGGCCGCAGGUCUCCCGACUUUGGCGCGGGCUCCCCGUUUUUCAGCGACCUCGACCCUACAUUUCUGACCAUGUCGAACAACCUGUCCCGUAGUCCAGACCUGUCGCUGAUGAACACCGUCUUCGAUGGCGACGAGUCGAGCUUUGGUGGACUAAACCUCUUCCCGCUCCUCGAGACGGGCGGUGGGGGCCAUAUCGACCUAGCAAAUUAUUUAUGA